UUGGGCUGAUCGCCACGAAUAAAGCAAAAUCAAACGACAGCGAUGAAUGACAUCUUACACACAUUAACGCGUUGAAGUGAUCUAUGGCUUCCCUGAGCUAGAAACGGUCCAAACCACUUCUCAUGCCUGAUAGAUUAAAACACACCGGGAGGAUUCAUGUAACUAAACCGCGUCUAUGUAGGUAUCCUUCCGCUUUCGUCACCUGGUUUUCGCGCCACAGGAAACUAUCCAGCUAAUGCUUGCUAACCCGGGUUACCUGGCUGUGCUUAAUCAGGGUUAAAGGCUAACCAACUAAUUCACCUGAUAUAAGAAAAUGGAUAAAGUCAUACAUGAAGACAUCAGUCUACAAACAGAGAGAGAGCUCACUUCACCAGUCUCCCAAAAAAGGCCAAGGACAGAUUGUACGGUGACAAACAACCACAGUGGGGAAAGGAGGUUUGACUUUCCUGAGCUUUGGACAUUUCAGAAAAACAUUGGCUCCCCAUCAUCAAAACACACCCUGCAGACAGAUUUGUUAGAAAUGUGCCCAGCAGAGAGUGGGGAUGUUCUAGAUGAUAAACCUCACAAGCAGCCACAACACUCCUAUUUAAUUGUCACCCCUUUUACAAAGGUGACUGCAGCACACACUGACAAUGUGCAUACAGGAUUUUCUAAAGUCAGUUUUAUCACUGCUGAGAGACACCUCCUACAUCUGGGGAAAGAUGAGCAGCCACCACUUACUGAAACUGACAAGCUCAGCUCAUACCGGGGAGAUGAUGCAGGUGGGGCAUUAGCAGAGUCUCACACUUCAGAAGACACCAGCACUGACACGUCCAGUCAACCUGAUUGCAGACGGCUGGGGAAAUCACUUGAAGACGAACCCCUCGGAGGUUGUUGCUCUCCCGCUGGAAAUGACAAAGAUGGGAGACAGGUACAAACUAAUGUCAGUCAAGUCCAAGUAUUCACCCUUAGUUCAAGUGAUGAAGAGGUCAGAUGUCAGUCUGAUUGCGCUCAUGAACAUGCUCUACAUGACGCAGGUUUCCAUAAUACAUGGAGCCAAUCUGCUGAAGUUAAAGCGAGCAAUCAGACAGAGAACAAGCUCGAAUUUAGUGAGAAUAUCCCUUUCGGCAAGGAAGAGGGAAGCAGUACCAGAUCUCUCUGUGAUUAUCAAGUCUCUAAAUGCUUUUCUUCAGACCCUGAAGAGAACCCCUCUGGGAACUUGGCAGACUUUACAAAAAAUGAGAAAAAAAUACCAGAAGUCCAGACUUUUGAGAAAGAAAAUGUUGCCUUCUCUGAGAGGGAAGCAAAAAUCCCUUUUGUUGCUAAAUGUACCAAGGGGUCAACUGAUUCUGGUGUUAUGGUAUUAGCCAGAAAUAUUAUAUCUGAGAAUGCAAGUGUUGAAGAUGAUGACUUCUGUGGGCUAAAAGGCGAACAUGCCGCUGGCAAGAUAAUAGCCAAAGCUCGGAGUGAAGCGGCUGAUCACACAACAGAGACUCCAAUGCCUGCAAGAAUCAGCGAAGAGCUUGGUGAAGGAGAUAAUGAUCCAGGCCCUUUCAGUGUAAUUGACCCUGCCAUGGGGAGUGAAACUGACAGAGAGGCUAAGGAGAAAUGCUCUAACACAGAGAGUACUGCGGCUCUUGAAAGAUUUCCAUCUGUAAAAGUCAGCGAGAGGGAAACACAGGAAGUUUCAGCUCACGACCAGGCCGGGCACAGAGACACAGAGCCUCAAGCUUGUUACAUCACAAUCAACAAAACACAAGGGAUGGAUGGCAAUGAAAGUAGCUGUCAAUGGAAAUCCAGUCCCAGCAGUAGUCCCCGCAGCCCCACAAAACCUCCUCCUGCUUGGGAUGGAGGACAUGAAAGUCAUAGGUCUGUGAGAUCUCAGCUGAAGGAGCAGGAUCAAUCUGACUGGUUCCCUGUCAGUCUCGACCACCUGAAGACACAACAGGUUGAAUAUUCACAAACAGGAUCUGCCAGAAUGGACGAGUCAACUGAGGUAAAAGAAGGAGAAGACAUGAUAAGAUUUGUCAAACAAAUUAAAACUGAUGAGAACUUGGAGAAAGAAAUAAAGUCAGAUGAGGAACUUCUGCAAAACAAUGAAAAACAGAAAGAAAACUCCAAUGAAAUAUCAACUGGGGAUUGCAUCAGUGACUGGACAGAAGGAGACAUUAGUAAAUGUAACAAUAGGUUAACUCCUGUUGAACAUGAAGAGACAACUGAAGAAAAGAAAAGAGUGACGAAUGUUGGUGUGGAAAAUAAAACUGACGGGCAGGAAAAUUCAGAGGUGUUGGUGAAAAUAGAUCAUGAUCUGCAACUGUCACAUGUUGAAGGGACAAAGGGCAACAUGAGUAAAAGUGACAACACAUUGAGCCAAGUUAGUCAACGUGAACAAGGAAAUGAGCUCAAUUGUUUUCCAUAUUUUCAAAAUAGAGCUCAGACAAUACUGGUUGAAAGUAAAGAUGACCUUGCAGUCUCAACUUCUGCUUCAGUAAGUGAUGCAGUUGUGCCAUGCCAGAAUGAAUCAAGCCAUUCUCAAAAUGCUAACAACAACACCACUGCCCAAAUCUGUAAUGACAGAUUUUCCCCAGCGCCAUCUGUCUUCACUUUCUAUGACCGGGUGCCUGGGGGUUUUGACACUUUCGAAAAGAUCCGGCUCUCACCAGAUGAUGAUGAUGCUGAUGAUGAUGCUGCCGGCCUGGGCAACAGCCCUCUCCUCACCAGCUUGCCUAGGCAGCUGUUGAAAACAUCUGAGCGACAACUUUACCACUCCAUGCCAGGGGCAGAGAGUGACAAGUAUGAGGAGAUACCAGGAGAGGAGGAAGUGGGCAAAGAGAAGGUGGCAAGAUUUCAGUGUCACAGCGACAACAUGGCACAUGAAUGUUUAAGCAGUGACUCCACUUGUAAUGAGCUCCCAAACUCUAUCUCUCUGGCAGAUGUUAUUAUCCUCGGAUGGCCAGAGCAACAGCUUAACUGUGACUCAGUCUGUGAUUCCACUGCACUCAUCCUGGAUGAAAUGAACCCUCAGUCAACCUCCUCCACUGUUUCCGAUGAAAGUGACAGUCCAUCUGAUUUAAACGUCUACCCUGAGUUUGAGAUGAGAAAACAGUACAACAUGGUCCUGAAAGAGCUGAACUUGUUUUUUGACAUCAGUAUAAAUGAUUUUGCAAACGACAGCAAAGCAUCGACACCAGAGCAAUGUAGCGACACAGCGGAAGCCAUGGAGGGCCAUGUUUCAAACUGCAAAGAACAUCUCAGCAGCCCAGAACUACGAUGCCACGCGCCAUUAGAUGAUGCUGAAGAAGACUCAAGCCUGGAAAUGUCUGGAGGUGAUCCAGUGGUUUCUUGUACCAGUGGCAGCUGUGAUGGCGAGCAGGAGGUGCCCUUUGGCAGCCACACGAGCCAGGAAACAUCAAUGGACACUGCAGAGAAGCACAAAGAGCUGCAGGGGAUGGAUCAGAGGAGGAAAAUGUGGUCUCCGUCCUUCGCGUGUCCACCAUUGUUUGAGCAACAGUUCCACAGACCCCCAGAGCCGCCCAGAAGACUGGAGCCUCUGACAACGUGCACACGUCCGAUCCGGGUUGGUCUUUCGAAGAGAGCCAAGACCAAACACCUGCACCAUCCCCACCCCUACAAAUGAACAUCAGAAAUUAAAUGAAGGUGACGUGUGCAUGCAUGUUAUUGAGGCUCUUAAAUGCCUCCUUUGUUGCCAUGUUCAAAAGCUCAGAUGUUGUUUUCUGAUUUUCAGUAUAUUGUGUAUGGUGUUCAUGUGCCUCUGCUCUCCCUCGGUGUUUCUGAGUGAUUGUUGGUCCUACGCAUUUUAACUACAGCUUUACCUAGAGAGGGUUGUCUCCACAAAAUGGGCUGUGUCAUAUGUUCAUAUUUACAGUACUUUCAUUCUCACAUACUGCUUGCUGAAGUUUUUCGAGCUAGAAUGAUAAGCAGAUUUUAAACAUCCCCCAAUAUUUAUAUAUUUAUUAUAUUUAUUUAUUUUGCUUAUUUCCCUCCCUUUCCAUUCUCAUUGGUUUUAACCAUACGUGUGUAUGUUUUAUACUUCUAUUAUAAAAGUGUAUAAAACAUUCACCAUUAUACUCAGGUUAGGGAUAUGUAAUUGGUACUCAUGUGUUUGAUUGUAGGUGUAUUGAUACGAUAUGCUUCUCGUUCCUGUGAUGUGUGGGUGUAUUCAGUCAUGGUUAAAGGGCUCAGUAUGUUCUGUUAGUGUAUUAUUAAAUGGGUUCACAUGUAGUGCAUGCAGCAUAUCCUAAAGCAGUUCUGUGGGAGGUUUGCUGGAGUUUCAUUUCAAAAUGCCCUCUUUGCCCUGAGAAUUAAAUAAUGUAACUGGAUAUAAGUUGUUUUUGUUCUUCAUGUACACAAUAUACAGUUUGUGACUAUAUCCUAAGCAAGACAUUGAUCUUUGCUCAUUAUUGUGAGAAACAAGGAGAAUUA